AUGAGGGGAGUGUCAAACUUUAAGGCCAGUUUAACGAUUGACGACAGGCAAGCUGUUUCAUCACCGGAUCCGUCAGGAAAUACUAACGGCCAGCUUGAACACGACCAGGAUGUCAAGCUGAGCAUUGAAGUGGACGGCGUAAACCCGGAGAAUCCACCCCCAAUACAUGUAGAUAUUCAGGGUAAAAUUGAAGUACCCGGUGGGGAGGUUAUCCACAAUGAAGACGCUAUGGAUAUGAAUAUUACUCGCUCGGGCGGUGGGAUCGGUGUGUUCGAUGUUACGGUGGAUGCCAAUAGUGAGUAUCCGCGCAAGCCAGAACCAGCUGAGGACGCGGAGAUGGUUAGAACACUCAGUUACGUGCUUACCACAAAUGCCAUCGAAGAAGCUCAACGGGUGGUUUCUGGCGGGCCAGCAGUCGAUGAUUCCCAUGGAAUUAUGGGCCAAUUGAUAGCAGAACAAGUCAUUGGAGCCACUGAAAGCAGCCUCCUCGAAAGCCUUGCAAGUCGACCCGCAAAAACACAAAGUCAGGACGAGACUUCUCGGGGUCAUGAGGUGAGUCAGAUGUUCCUGAGGGUGUUUACACCUUCAAGUCGUGAGGUAGCCCCAGUCGGACAAUUCUUAAACCCUGAGGGUCGAGUCAUGUUCCGUGCGUCUUCUGAAGCUCACACGCAACCUACAGAGACCUCUAUCUACGCAAAGAUUUUUAUCCGCCCGAGUUCAGAAGUGGCUUCCGGUUAUACCACCCCUCACUGUACCACCGUUACAACAAGGUCCAUGGAAAGCACUGGUUCGAAGGCGGGAAGUUCUAGAGCACCUAGUCCGUUUGAUGGGGAAAAGCAUUCCAUGAAGCUCUUGGCUGUCACGGCUGCUUGUGGUGGUUACGACGCGGUUGGUGGAUACGGCAAUGUGUUUGAUGGUGAGCAACACGCGGCGAAACUGAGGGCUAUUAUUGCACAUUGUGAAAAAGACGACUACGAGAUAGACGGUGGAAUGGAUCCUACCCGAAGAGCCAGCCGAGCGUUGGCAGCGCAAGUUCUUCGUGGAGCCGAACGGAAAUAUAGGGCCAGCAUGAGUCCGAGCUGGAUGAAUCGCAGCCCAAGCACCUUUAACCGACUCUUCACUCCGUCAAGCCACGAAAAAUUCCGCGCCUACAGCCAUGGAAUAUCAGAGGCCUCAACAGUAACUACGGCCUCUACUGCGCCUGCGAAACAGCCUGCUCCAAUGGAGACGCAAUUUGUCCGUGGACCUCCGCUGCAGCGCAUGACAACGUCGGAUUCGCAGGCUACAAUGAGUUCAGUAGAGUACAAACCUAGUUUUGAUGGUGAAAAACACGCUGCAAUGGUGGAGGCCCUAACAGCUGCUUGUCCUGCUCAUGAAGGAGACAUAGAUUUUGUGCCUCCAGGGAAGCGUAUUUGCAAGUGUAAGGGCGUCACCCGACUCGUUGAUAUCCCCCGUGGAGCCGUUCCACCUGAAGAGGCUCGAAGAGCCAGCCGCCUGCUUACAGCCCAGGUUCUCCAGGGAGCGGAGCAGAGAUACAGGGCUAGUAUGCAGCCGGGACGUCCCGGCCAACUGAGUAUCAGCAGACUAUUCACUCCAUCUAGUCAUGAAGUUUUUACUGGCCCGCUUCAAGGAGCACCCAAGGCAUCUACCAUGUCCACUGGUAGUGUCACUUCUGCAAGGUUGUUCACCCCAGCGAGGAGGGAUGUUUCCGUGGUUGCAUCUCAGCCACACCGUUUGCUAAAGAUGGAUUCCAAGUCCUCGGUCAAAGUGGAUGCUUUUGAGGGAGCAAGGCGUGAAAGUAAGAUUAUCGCCGGUACGGCCCUCCGUAAAGCAGAAGAGAGGUUGAGUUCUAUCGCCGCCGACAUCGCUGGAGGCAUUCCCCCAGGGAAACGCAUCUGCGUAUGCAAGGGUGUCACGAGACUUGUUAAUAUUCCUGGUUAUGGUCUCCCCGAAAACGACGCGGCCCGCAGACGAGCAAGUCGUGUGCUGGCCGAAAAGGUUAUUCAAGAUGCCCAGGAGAAGAUCCUGUCCGCCCGACAUCGAUACACUUCAGGAAACUCGAUUUCCCUACUUUUUACACCGGCGAGUCGCGAUGUCUUUGGUAGUGUUUCGGCCGGUGGCACACAAACGCGCGCCAACAGUGUCGUCGCUCGGCUCUUUACUCCAAGCAUGAAAGACAUUGCCUUCCUACCUGCGCGAUCCGAGACCUAUAGCUCACGUGGACAACAGGAGAAUCACUACUUUGGUAGUCUGUCAGACCCCUUUAGCAGCAAACACUCGGAGUUCUCAAGUCUUGCUGAGAGUACCCACCAGUCAACACUCGUGGACUACCAGAAACCACCCACCGGAUAUUCAGAACCAGCGAGCGGCCGACGGCACAAACACCAUCGUCAUCGAAGUCAUCACAAGGAGAAGACGCGAUCGACACACAGAUUCAGUUCGACUAGUUCACGUGAAAUCAUUGGUCACUGCUCAGCCAGUUGUUGCUGCAGUUGGAGUCUGGGUACGGGAACACAGGGCAUCAAUCAGCUGUACCCCAAUAUCACCCUCAUGGAGUCUCUGCUGAUGAGCUCUAAUAUGUUGCGUACGUAUGUGGAGAGCGUCAAGAGCGGUGGAACCACUCAGGACGAAGUAAUGCAGAAAAAGGCCUUUGAAGGGUUGAUAAGCCUUGUGGAGAAAAUUGUGGCUGACAGAACAUCCUCCACCGCCGAGGGUCAGAUUGACCUGAAAAAAUGUGAAGCUCUGCAAAAGGUCCUUGAGGAUGCGCUCUAUAGCAUCAGCAGGGCGGACUCUGAGGCGAGGAACGAAGUUGAAGUCCUCGAAUGCGGUCAUAAGGAGUCUGUUCCAGUGCUUAAAAACUAG